AUGUAUCCAGUCUGCACUGGUGGUGGUAAAUCUCAGCGAGAAGUUUUCAAAUCAAACUUCACCAAUCCUCCAAUCAUUUGCAGUCCCGCCUGCACUGAGCUUGAAGUGGUGGUCAUGGACUGGCUGGCCAAGUUCCUGAAGCUACCCGAACACUUCCAGCAUGCCAGCGACGGACCUGGCGGUGGUGUGAUUCAAGGCUCGGCGAGUGAAGCAGUGCUGGUAGCUGUUCUGGCCGCUCGGGAGCAGGCCGUGAUCAGCUGCAAGGAGACGCAUCCCGAACUAAGCGAGAGCGAGGUCCGAGGCAAGUUAAUCACCUACUCAUCCGACCAGAGCAACAGUUGCAUCGAGAAGGCGGGAGUACUGGCGGCCAUGCCCAUUAAGUUGCUGCCGGCCGACGACGAUCUGAUCCUGCGUGGUAAUACGCUGAGGAAGGCAAUCGAAGACGAUGUGGCAGCUGGACUGAUACCGGUCAUAUGUAUUGCCACCUUGGGCACCACAGGGACGUGCGCCUACGACGACAUCGAUUCGCUGGCCGAUGUCUGUCAAGCCUUGAAUGUGUGGCUGCACGUGGAUGCAGCAUAUGCAGGGGGCGGCUUUGCUCUUGAAGAGUGCACGGAACUGCGCAGGGGACUAGAUCGCGUGGACUCGCUGAAUUUCAACCUGCACAAGUUCAUGCUGGUUAAUUUUGACUGCUCGGCUAUGUGGCUGAAGGACGCAAACAAGGUAGUGGACAGCUUCAAUGUAGAUCGCAUUUACCUGAAGCACACGCACGAGGGCCAAUCUCAGAUUCCGGACUUUCGCCACUGGCAGAUCCCCCUGGGCCGCCUUUUCCAUGCCCUCAAGGUGUGGAUUACUUUCCGCACGCUGGGCACCGAGGGACUGCGCAGCCAUGUGCGUAAGCACAUCGCGCUGGCGCAACAAUUCGAGGCAUUUGUGAGGAACGACUCGCGUUUCGAAAUGGUUGCCCCCCAAGCACUGGGAUUGGUCUGCUUUCGUCCUAGAGGUGACAAUGAACACACCGCUCAGCUUCUUCAGCGACUCAUGGAGCGCAAAAAGAUCUACAUGGUGAAGGCGGAGCAUGCUGGACGCCAGUUCCUCAGAUUCGCCGUUUGCGGUAUGGAUGCAAAGCCCUCCGACAUUGAGUUUGCCUGGACAGAGAUCGAGACGCAGCUAACGGCCCUCCUGGCUGAGAAAUCGCUGGCUGCUCGGAAACCUAGCAAUGUCUCCGAGCUGACGCAGCACUUUCAGAUGCAUCUGGCCAGUGAUAGCGGGACACACGAGAAGUCGCAGUGA